AUGUCCUGCGAAUCUACGAAUCUUUCUUCUUUGGCCCGUUCCAAGCUGCACAAUUCCUUCUCUGCGAAGGAGGGCUGCAGCUUGCAUCGUUGGGUCCUACUCAAAAAUUCGAUUCUCCUCUCGCCUUCUGUCCCAAACAGCGCGACCUCUUCGACUCAGGCUGAAGUCAACCCUGCUUACCCUGUCGACGAUGGCGAGGACGACGACGACGCAGUAGAGGUCACAGGCUCGGUAGAUUCUGAAGCUUUCGUGUUUCCAGAUGCUGAGAAACUUGCCACCCCCAGCAAAGACGUCAAGUCCGAAGCUCAAUGGCUUGAUUCUUUGCUUGAAACGUUAGGCGACGAUGACGACGAUGACGAUUUCCGCGUCGACACGGACGACCACCACAACCCCAGCGACAUUUCGGUGCUGCCAGUAGAUGACGACGACUUCUCCCUCUACAGCCCAACUGUCUCCCCCAUGUCUUCUUCGGACGACCUUCCUAGCCAGCCUGAUUAUUAUUCUUCUCCCAUUUCUGUACCAUAUCCUGUGCCAUAUCCCCCUCUCAUCCAUGCCUACCAUUUCGAUUCUCCUUUUGACCCUCUUGUUUCUCCUGUCUCAUCACCCUAUGAAGACCCGCUGCCCUAUCACGACUUGGACGACAUAGAAGACCUACCCGUACCCGACGCUAUAGAAGACACCUCAGAUGACGAGUCCGACGCUCCCACCACGCCUUCGCUUGGCAGGUCGAGCUCCUCUUUGUCUUUGGUUGAUGCAGCAUCCGUUCCUCUCCCCCAAGAGCGCAGUAGAUUGCGCCAUCCCAUCCCUCGUGUCUAUGUUGAUUCAGAUUCCUACUUCUAUUCGUUCCAGCUUGACCCUCUCCCCUUCCCCGACCAGCACCUCAACAGUCCGUAUAAUCAUUAUCAAGAGUGCUAG